AGUGUGUGAAAGAGAGAGGGAGGGAGAGCGAAUGAAAGAGAGAGGGGAAGAGAGUGAGUGGGAAAGAGGGAAAGAGAAUGAGCAGGAGAGAAAGAGAGAGAGAAGAGGGAGGGAGAGAGUGAGAGACAAAUCAGUGAGAGAGAGAGAGAGAGAGAGAGAGGAGGGAGGGAGUGAGUUAAGCCUCACGAUUCAAUUCACAGAAAGGCUGGCAAAGCACAUAACUGAUCCAAAGCCAAAGUUAACUGCUGAGAUGGGGCAACGCAAACACCUCUGGGGUAAAAUGGGGGUGCAAAGCUAAUCUAUGAAGCUGUCCUGGAGAACACCAGUUUGAUACCUGACCAAGGAGUGCAUUCUUCAGACGCCACGAUAGUCAAGGGGUCGAGUGUAAUACAAAGACUUGCAUCAGAGAACUGUCAGCAAUGACAGGGGGAAUUUUUUGGUGUCUGUUAGCCAUCCUGGUGACCCAGUGCACCGCUGCGUGUCCCAAGGAGUGCGAGUGUAACCCAAAGACCAAAGUAGUGGACUGCCGGGGGCGGGGCCUGUACGACAUCCCACGGAGGCUGCAGCUGGACACCCAGGAGCUGUACCUGCAGAACAACCGCAUCCGGGGCCUGGGCUCUAUGGCUUUCCGUGAGACCCCGCUGCUCCGCGUGCUGAACCUGGCCAACAACUCCAUCACCAGCAUCUCCGCCAACAGCUUCCAGGGCCUUCGCAGCCUGCUAGUGCUCAACCUGGCCAACAACUCCAUCCGCGAGAUCGACCGGCGCCUCUUCAACCCCGUCAGGACCCUCUCGGAGCUCAACCUGUCCCACAACAGCAUCGCUGGCCUGCCUGCAGCCCUGGCUGACAGCGUUGGGAACCUCACCUCACUCUCCCUCUGCCACAACCGCCUGCAGCGGCUGGACCGGGGGCUCCUGGAGUCUCUCACCAAACUGCAGGCCCUGUUCUUCCACAGCAACCCGUGGAAGUGCGACUGCCAGCUCAUCGGUCUGAAGCUGUGGCUGGAGACCUUCCUCUUCAAAGGGGGAAAGAUUGACGAAAUAAGGUGUGCAAAACCCGAAGACCUGAAGGAGCGAGACCUCCAAAGGGUCCCUUACGAACUGUUCCACUCCUGCCUGACGACCAACUACAACUACCUGUUUGCCAAGAUCCAGCACCUGGAUGCCGAGCACCGGCACCUGCACACCCACGGCCUGGGCGAGCGGCCUCGCGAGGGGCCGCCCGAGUGCGAGUCCAAGCAGCGGCCGCGGCCGGCCAACCUGCGGCACGCCAUAGCCACGGUGGUCAUCACCGGCGUGGUCUGCGGCAUCGUCUGCCUCAUGAUGCUCACCGCCGCCAUCUACGGCUGCGCUUACGCCGCCAUCACGGCCAAGUACCAGCGGGAGCUGAAGACGGUGGAGCAGACGGCCCCCUCGGAAGAGAACGGGAGCACAGAGGAGAAGGAGCCGCUGGACAGCUCUGUGCCAUGAGGCUCUCCUUCAAACGCGUAGGAACUACAUACAAGUCUGCAUACCAUAGAUAGCGUACAGGAAUACAUAUGUACCCAUCAAGCUAAUCCUUAUUGCUCAGAACUGCCUCAUGGGCUGUGUAGUAUAUCAGCCUAAUGCGAUCGGAGGUGCUUUUUUGGAAACUGCAGUUAUACACUAAACAAAGUGUCUACCAAGACUUGACUCUUACACCAGCUCUCUCGUCCAAGAGACAUAACACUGUGAUGAAUGUUGAUGUCAGUUUAUGGAAUCACAAUUGCCCUGUUCUUGACAGUACAAUGACAGUAUGUGCAUAUCUAUUUUAAUAGAUAGCGAUCUAACACCCAAAAGAUACAAAACUGAAGGGCAGUCAGGAUUGUGAAGCAAAUAUUUAUACCUCAUCCUAUCAUAAGACACCUCAAGGAAAAUCCUCUAAUCUAUCAACAGCAUACAAACUUACACAUACCAAAACAAUUGGACUGACAGUUGUCCAUAGACCUGUAAUUUAAAAAUCAAGAGAAACCAUCUGUGGUUUACCACGUCUAAGAUAAAUAUAAAUGAUUCAAUCCAUUCCAUUUUUCUAAUGCACUAAAGGAUGAAUUUACAGGGAAAAUCCUUGAAGGUAAACGGCUCCUGAAAGCUCUAACGUUGCACUGGAUGUUCUUUACUCUUGACCUCUGGACAGACUUAAAGUCAUUCUGAUCUGUUUAGCACAACCAGGUUUAAGGUCUAAUUAAGCAGCGACUGCGACUGGAGUAUAUUUUCUGCAGGCAAGCAGUGGGGGUUUUGGGGGGUUUGGAUUUGAGAGGGUAUUUUGAAUCCCAACAUUUUUCCUUAAAACAUAGAUUCAGGGAUUCGUUUGUUUUCCUAACCCCACCCCUGGCACAAUACUCUCAAAUACAGUAAAAACGCAAGGAAGCAUGCCAACUGCGAGCUUCGCAGAUGGCCACGCACAGCAACAUGUUUAUAAUAAUGAUGUUAACUCUGAGAACAUCCCAGCUACAGGAGAAAACAUCGACCGGGCCAGGGAAAAUUAACAACGAGGUACAAAAUGAUUCAGAAUCCCAGUGAAUGGAGAGACAGCAUUAUCCGUUUUAUAUAACCGUGGAGCGAAAGCCCCCUAUAGAUUAAACAAAGGGCAGAAAGAUUACAGGCCGAAUGUGCAAUGACUAUUAAAGACAAUCCCACCCUGAACGUGGUCUGCCAUGCGAGAUUAGAUUGUUUAGACUUAGUACCAUACUGCAUUGUGUGAAUUAUAAUUGUUGGAAUUGCUUCUGAAGAGGCAUAACCACGCCAGUGUGCACAGCCUCCCCCUCUUUGACUUUUAUGUCAAUUUUUCAGUUAAACCUUUUUGUUUAUGAAAUCUGAAAGAAAAUUUGAGACGUGAUGGGCUGAGACAGACUCUUAAAAUGAUACAUUGGGUCACUCAGUGUUUCUCAAAACCAUUACAUCAAGAUCAACCCUGAGGGGGAAAGCCAGAAAUGAUAUAGAACACAUCAGUAUCUGCACAAAUGACAAUAUUUAUAAGUGGCCUGCAGUCCACUGGACAGAUUGAGCGAGAAUAACAGAGCAAAAAAUCUGAGGGGCCUGAUCACACUGCUAUCUAUCAUUUCUAGCACCCUUCCACCCAGUCACAACCUUUGUGUACAGAAAAACAUUCUAGCCUUCUGCACUCUGAUAAUAAUUAGAAAUAUCAGUAAUAUCUUUUAUUAGGCAUAUUGAACAAUACAUUGUAAAACAUCAACAGUAACUGAGCAAGCAGCCUGUGACAACGCAUGCUUGAUCUAAUGGUAUAUUUGGUGGUUUCUGGAGGUUGUAACAAUCUCCUGCAUGCAAAACAAAAGGAAUGAAUACCUCCAGGUCUUUCUGCGAUUUAAAUUGCCACGGCAACACUACACAUGGCUCAGUGGCUGCAUUUCUCUUGGUAUGAUGUCAUUGAGCUGUCGAAUUAAGUUAAUGAUACUGAAUAUUCAUGCCACACAAGUGCACUCAGGCAGAUGGGCAUUCAUGGUCCAGCUUUAUGAAGAUUUUAUCCAAUGAAGUUCAAUGAAGCCAUAAAAAUGGCCUAACACUAUGUGCAAUCUAGGAUGAUGGAGCAGCAAUCCUCAUUGAAAUGCUAUGCUUCAUUAGCCCUGAAAUCCACGCUAUGAUACGUCAUGGUUUGUAAAUUCAUUUGUCUAUUUGCAUAGUCAUUCAUGCAACAUUGUGCAAGUAUUGAAAUCCUUAUUGAAAUCAUAUGUAUUUUUAAAUAAAUGGUUUUGUUGAAGGUGAAUAUUUUCACCACCUCUUAGUCCUUUUUAUGAUGUACAAUUUGUGUUGAAUAAAAUUAUUGCAGAAUAUUUAUGUUAUUUGCUAAUAAAACUAUAUAUUAGAGUAAAAAUACUCCCAAUGACCACCUAAAUUACAAUUUGAUUGUAUAGAAGAAACAACUAGUAUCAAAGCAUUUUCUUAAAUUGCUAUGUAUAAUACCAAUACAGAGUAACAGGCUAUUGUUUCCCCAUAUUGUGCGAGACCUGAAUAUUUUUUCUGUUUUGCAGUCAGUACUGUGAGGGCCAUAUCAUAUUUUGUGCUCCAUUUUGUGUGCAGUUUUGUUUGCAGUGUGCAGUGCCAGGUUUGUUUCUGAGUACAUUAUGGUGUUGCCCAGAUGUCUAAGACGGUGCCUUCUGUGCCAACCUAGCCUGGCUGCCCCCUGGCCACCACUUCUAACAUUGUUUUCAUGUGAAUGGAUUCAGACACUGUACAUUAAUCCUCUUUUCUCCCUCUCCCUCUUUCUCUCCAUCUCAGUUUCCGUACUCCACUCUCCCACUAGUGAAUAUAGUUCUGCUCUCUCUAUGUCUGUCUAUCAUACUCUUAACAAAUCCAUGCAUUUACAAUUAAAGAAUAAAACAUCAUACUGAAGAAAACUAA